GCCGCUGCGCACUGUGGAUACACCGACACUAUGGAUACCAAGCGACGUUUUCCACUUUAAAACUUUACCAUGAGGGAUAAAAGUAAAACGCGGUGUUGGGAGAGGGAGAGUUAAUGCUUUUGCUGUGGACUUUUGCUAAAGUUGAAUGGGAUUUGGCAGGUUUACAAGUAUGGAGCUACCUUUGGUUUGGAUUUGGGUUUGUAUCCUAUUCAACGUGCCGCCUUCGGGAUGUUUGGAAAUACACCUUUCGGACACGUUACAGCCCGGGACCAUUUUGGCAAACCUGUCUCUUGGCCCAGGAUGGACUUAUAAAAUUGACAGAACUUUAUCUCCCAAAUUUAUUCAUAACUUUUUUCAAGUUGGAACGCACGACGGGGUUAUCCGUCUGUCCCGGAGCGUCCAGUGUGCGCGCACCCUGAGGAACCCGGCGCCUGUUUAUUUCAGAGCAGGUUCUUUGACAUCUGGAGACAUUAUUGUGACACGUUUUAAUGUGUUUGUACACGGCCAGGACUGUUUUAUUAAAUACAAAAGAAAGAAAUCGACAGGUAAACACGACAUUAACAUUAAACACCUUUCCAAACUAGGAGCAACUUCCUGUUUACCUGCAGGUGAAUUACUUCUGAAUGUGACAGAACUUUUACCUGCUUCUAAGAGGAACAUCUCCUUUUUGGACUCUGUGUGUGUUGGAAAAGACUUGGAUGCUGUGCUCAGGCAUGGGGAUUUGUUCCUGGCCAAUGACUUAUGCCUGGAGCACCGAGGGCAGGCUGAGGUGAGUGUGUACUGCGCACUGCACAGCUCUGCGCACAGCUCUGCGCACAGCCGCCUGUCUGUGCUGCUGACUCUGACACUCACACAAGUGCCUCCACACCACCGACAUCUACCGGGAACCGUUCAGAGAAAGUCAGUGCGCAGAGGAAAGCGACAAGUAAACAUGUCUCCACAGUUUCAACUCCCCAACUAUCAGGUGUCCGUGCCCGAGAAUGAGCCAGCGGGGACGCGGGUGAUCACCUUGAAAGCCACUGACCCGGAUGAUGGAGAGGCGGGGAGGCUGGAGUACACCAUGGAGGCCCUGUUUGACAGCAGGUCCAAUGACUUCUUCGUCAUUGACUCUCAAACAGGAAGCAUAUCAACCAUCCAGGCACUAGACAGAGAAUUCAAAGACACCCAUGUUUUCAAAGUAACAGUGACUGACAAUGGCACCCCCAAAAGAUCUGCCACUUCUUACCUCACUGUGACUGUGAGUGACACCAAUGACCACAGCCCUGUCUUUGAGCAAACUGAGUACCGGGUAAGCAUCCGUGAGAAUGUAGAAGUAGGCUUUGAAGUGAUGACAAUCCGAGCCACUGAUGGAGACGCUCCCUCUAAUGCCAAUAUGGUUUACAAAAUAGUGAAUGGGGAUGGAGUCAACUCUGUGUUUGAAAUCGACCCCCGCAACGGCCUGGUGAGGAUCAGAGAGAGGCCUGAUAGGGAGACCAGGUCUCAGUACCAGCUGAUAGUUGAAGCCAAUGACCAGGGCAAAGACCCACGUCCUCUCAGUGCCACCGCCACUGUCCACAUCUCUGUAGAGGAUGAGAAUGACAAUUACCCACAGUUCAGUGAAAAAAGGUAUGUUGUUCAGGUCCCAGAGAAUGUGGCGAUCAACACUAAGGUCAUCCAGGUGGAGGCUACAGACAAAGAUGAGGGGAACAACGCUAAAGUUCAUUACAGCAUCAUCAGUGGCAAUGUUAGAGGACAGUUUUACAUUCACUCCCCGACUGGUGUAAUUGAUGUCAUUAAUCCUCUGGACUAUGAGAUGAUUAGGGAAUAUAAUUUGCGGAUUAAGGCUCAGGAUGGUGGCAGGCCUCCACUGAUAAACGGCACAGGAAUGGUUGUAGUGCAAGUUGUGGAUGUUAAUGAUAACGCACCUAUGUUUGUCAGCACACCUUUCCAGGCUAGCGUGUUGGAAAAUGUACCCGUCGGUCAUUCUGUGAUCCACAUUCAAGCAAAUGACGGUGAUUCAGGAGAAAAUGCACGUUUAGAAUACCGUCUGACUGAUACAACGCCUGGUUUUCCAUUCACCAUAAACAACAGCACAGGUUGGAUUACAGUGUGUGAAGAACUAGACAGGGAGACCACUGAGUUUUAUACUUUUGGUGUGGAGGCAAGAGAUCAUGGGGUACCUGCAAUGUCCUCCUCAGCUAGUGUCACCAUCACAGUGCUGGAUGUCAAUGACAAUGUGCCCACAUUUACUGAGAAAGUUUAUUCACUAAAGAUCAAUGAAGAUGCUAUGGUGGGAACCAGUGUGCUGACAGUAACAGCUGUAGAUAGAGACGUUAACAGCGUGGUGACAUAUCAGAUCUCCAGUGGAAAUACCAGGAACCGCUUUGCCAUUACGAGCCAGAGUGGCGGUGGUCUCAUCACAUUAGCCCUGCCUUUGGAUUACAAACAGGAACGCCAGUAUGUUUUGACAGUAACCGCCAGUGAUGGAACACGCUAUGACACCACACAGGUGUUUAUCAAUGUGACAGACGCCAACACACACAGACCCGUCUUCCAAAGUGCCAACUACCAGGUGACGCUCAGUGAAGAACGACCUGUGGGCUCCACGGUGGUGGUCAUCAGUGCAACGGAUGAGGAUACAGGAGAAAAUGCUCGCAUUACAUAUAUGAUGGAGGAUAAUGUUCCUCAGUUUAAAAUUGAUCCGGACACAGGUGCCAUCACAACACAGAUGGAGAUUGACUAUGAAGACCAGGCCUCCUAUACAUUAGCUAUUAUUGCUAAAGACAAUGGAAUCCCUCAGAAGUCAGAUACCACCUAUGUGGAGAUUAUCAUCCUCGAUGCCAAUGACAACGAGCCUCAGUUCCUCAGGGACAUGUACCAGGGGAGUGUUUUUGAAGAUGCACCGGUUUACACUAGUGUUCUCCAGAUCUCUGCCUCAGACAGGGACUCUGGCUCAAAUGGCAGGUUGAGCUACACAUUUCAGGGUGGAGAUGAUGGAGAGGGAGAUUUUGUCAUAGAACCUUACUCUGGUAUCGUCAGAACCGCUCGCAAACUGGACCGUGAGAACGUUCCUGUGUACAACCUGAAGGCUUUUGCUGUGGACAGGGGGGUGCCACCUCUGAAAACUGGUGUUUCCAUUCAUGUUGUAGUCCAAGACAUAAAUGACAACGCUCCAGUGUUUGAAAAGGAUGAACUGUUCAUUAAAGUGGAUGAGAACAGUCCAGUGGGGUCUGUUGUGGCCCAGAUCACUGCCACAGACCCUGAUGAGGGCACUAAUGCUCAGAUCAUGUACCAGAUUGUAGAAGGGAAUAUUCCAGAAGUUUUUCAACUGGACAUUUUUAAUGGUGACCUGACUGCGCUCAUAGAUCUAGAUUAUGAAACUAAAACUGAGUAUGUCAUAGUGGUCCAGGCGACUUCAGCACCUCUGGUGAGCCGUGCUACUGUUCACAUCUGUCUGGUAGACAUGAAUGACAAUGCUCCAGUGCUGCAGGACUUUGAGAUUAUUUUCAACAACUAUGUCACAAACAAAUCUAACAGUUUCCCUUCAGGAAUAAUAGGAAAGGUACCGGCUCAUGACCCGGAUGUUUCGGAUAAGCUACGGUACAAUUUUGAAUCUGGAAAUGAGCUCCAUCUGCUGCUGUUGAAUGAGAAUACUGGGGAUCUGAGGCUGAGCAGGGAUUUGGACAAUGACAGGCCCCUGGAGGCACCCAUGGCUAUAUCUGUUACAGAUGGUCUUCAUCGUGUUGUGGCCCUCUGCACACUGCGAGUCACCAUCAUUACAGAUGACAUGUUAACCAACAGCAUCACUGUGCGUCUGGAGAACAUGUCCCAGGAGCGUUUCCUCUCUCCGCUACUCAGCCUCUUCCUGGAGGGUGUGGCCGCUGUGCUCUCCACCAAACGGGAAGCAGUGUUUGUAUUUAACAUCCAAAAUGACACAGAUGUGCAAGGAUCCAUCCUUAAUGUGACCUUUUCGGCGCUUCAGCCGGGUGGUGCGCCAGGGAAAGGGACUUUCUUCCCUUCGGAGGAGCUGCAGGAGCAGAUUUACCUCAAUAGGACUCUGCUCAGGCUGAUAUCAUCUCAGGAGGUGUUGCCGUUCGAUGAUAACAUCUGCCUUCGGGAGCCCUGUGAGAACUACAUGAAAUGUGUCUCGGUGCUGAAGUUCGACAGCUCUCCACCCUUCAUCGCCUCAGACACUGUUCUUUUUCGACCCAUACAUCCUAUCAACGGACUGCGCUGCCGUUGUCCGGUUGGUUUCACCGGGGAGUACUGCGAAACUGAGAUUGACCUUUGCUACUCUGGCCCGUGCAAAAACAACGGGAGGUGUCGCAGCCGAGAAGGUGGCUACACCUGUGAAUGCUUGGAAGACUUCACCGGCGAACAUUGUGAGCUGAACGCUUCAUCUGGCCGAUGUGUACCUGGUGUGUGUAAGAACGGUGGCGAGUGUGUCAACCGGCUCGCUGGGGGUUUCAUGUGCAAGUGUCCGCCAGGGGAGUACGAGAAGCCCUACUGCGAGAUGACCACCCGCAGCUUCCCUGAACAGUCCUUCGUCACCUUCAGAGGCCUGAGACAGAGGUUCCACUUCACCAUCUCCUUCAUGUUUGCAACCCGAGAGAGGAACGCUCUCCUUCUGUACAACGGCAGGUUCAAUGAGAAACAUGACUUCAUCGCACUGGAGAUCAUCAACGAGCAGAUUCAGCUGACGUUCUCUGGAGGGGAGACAAAGACCACGGUGUCCCCAUACGUCCCAGGCGGGGUCAGCGACGGCCAGUGGCACUCAGUCCAGCUCCAUUACUACAACAAGGACGGGGGGAGUCUGGUGGACUCCAGUGGGGCUGUGCGGCUCCCGCUCUAUACUGCCUGGCUGGAGCUCUAUCAGAAGGAGCCUAACAUCGGGCGCCUGGGCAUCCCACAUGGACCGUCUGGAGAAAAGGUGGCUGUGGUUGCCGUGGACGACUGUGACAUCUCUAUGGCAAUUAGAUUUGGAAACAAAAUUGGCAACUACUCCUGCGCCGCACAGGGCACCCAGACUGGACAGAAGAAGUCCCUGGACUUGACAGGUCCACUGUUGCUUGGUGGGGUUCCCAACCUGCCUGAAGACUUCCCAGUCCGGAACAGAGACUUCGUAGGCUGCAUGAGAAACCUCAGCAUUGACAGUAAACCCAUCGAUAUGGACAGUUACAUCGCAAACAACGGCACCACAGCAGGUUGUCCAGCAAAGAAAAACUUCUGCUCAAACGAUGUGUGUCAGAACGGAGGUGUUUGCAGUAGCAGGUGGAACACCUACAGCUGUGACUGUCCAACAGGAUAUGGAGGCAAAAACUGUGAACAAGUGAUGCCGGCACCUCAGUUCUUUGACGGCCAGGCUCUGGUGUCCUGGACUGAACCGGAUAUUACCAUCGCUGUCCCAUGGUACAUUGGCCUCAUGUUCCGCACCAGACAGGCCACCGGGACCCUGAUGCAGGCCAGUGCUGGACCUUCCUCCACCAUCGGCCUCAUGGUGAGUGAACAACAGGUCCGUAUGGAGGUGUCACUGAGACAGCGGCUGGUGGCGUCACUGAGCUUUUCACAGGUUCGGGUCAACGACGGAGAGUGGCAUCACAUGCUAGUAGAACUGAGGAGCAUUAAAGAUGGCAAGGACAUCAAAUACAUGGCCACUGUGUCCCUGGACUAUGACAUGUAUAAGAAAUCAGUGGAGAUUGGUAACGACCUUCCAGGGUUGAAGCUGCAGGCUCUCCAUAUUGGCGGUUUGCCCGGGGAGGGUAACCAUGUCAUCAAAGGUUUUGUGGGCUGCAUACAGGGUGUGCGUAUGGGUGAAACUUCCAACAAUGUUGCCAACGUGAACAUGGCCCAGGGCCUGAAGAUUCGUGUGGAGGAUGGCUGCGACAUUGCUGACCCCUGUGACUCUAACAUCUGCCCAGAGAACAGUCACUGCAGCGACGACUGGAGCACGCACUCCUGUGUCUGUGACCCAGGUUAUUUUGGCAGAGAGUGUGUGGAUGCUUGUAAACUCAACCCCUGUGAGCACGUUUCCACCUGUGUUCGCAAACCAAGCUCCUCCCACGGCUACACCUGUGAAUGUGGACAGAACUACUACGGCCAGUACUGUGAAAACAUAGUGAAGAAGCCGUGCCCUGAUGGAUGGUGGGGGAAUCCCAUGUGUGGACCCUGUAAUUGUGAUACCAGCAGAGGAUUUUAUAAAGACUGCAAUAAGACCACAGGAGAAUGUCGCUGCAAGGAAAACCACUACCGUCCAGAGGGUGAGGACAGAUGUUACCCCUGCGAAUGUUUCCAUGUUGGCUCAGAGUCACGGACCUGUGACCUAGUCACCGGGCAGUGCCCGUGUAAAGGAGGGGUCAUAGGUCGUCAGUGUAACCGCUGUGAUAACCCUUUUGCUGAAGUCACGUCCACUGGAUGUGAAGUGGUGUAUGAAGGCUGUCCCAAAGCGUUUGAUGCUGGCAUCUGGUGGCCGAAAACCAAGUUUGGACGCCCUGCUGCCAUGGACUGUCCCAAAGGAUCCAUCGGCACUGCCAUCCGACACUGUAGUGAUGAAAAGGGCUGGUUGUCCCCGGAGCUCUUCAACUGUACCACUGUGACUUUUGCUCAUCUUAAGAAAAUGAAUGAGGAUCUGCGUCGUAACUCAUCGAGGAUGGACACCGAGCGCUCCAAGACCAUUGUGCGUAUGCUUCACAGCGCCACCAACAACACCCAGAAAUACUAUGGCAACGAUGUGAAGACAGCCGCCCAGCUACUGAAUCGCGUGCUGCAAUAUGAGAGCCAGCAGGCCGGGUUUGACCUCACCGCCACCAGGGACGCAGAGUUUAACGAGAACUUGGUGCGAGCAGGCAGUGCCAUCCUGGAUCCAGACACUAAGGACCACUGGGAGCAGAUCCAGAAGACAGAGGGGGGUACGGCGCAUCUUCUCCACAACUUCGAGGAGUACACCAACACACUGGCACAGAACGUCAGGAAAACCUACCUGAAGCCUUUCACCGUCGUCACCGACAACAUGAUCCUAACAGUGGACUACCUGGAUAUGUCAGACCCAGAGAGAGCGACAUUCCCUCGUUUCCAGGAUAUCCAGGAGACUUUCCCUAAAGAGCUCAGCUCUUCCGUCCAUUUCCCCCAGUUCAACCUCCACACUCAAAGCCACAAAGCUGAGCCCACUCCUGCUCCUGCAGCCCAGACUGACCCUCCACAAGAGGAAGACCAUACGGUAUCUGACAGAAGACGGCGCCACCUUGAGCCCCCUCCUCCUCUGCCCGUUGCUGUGGUGAUAGUCUACAAGUCACUGGCGAAGCUUCUUCCAGAAAGAUACGACCCUGACCGCAGGAGUCUCAGGGUCCCCAACCGCCCAGUGAUAAACUCAGCCAUAGUCAGUGCAACAGUGCACAGUGAGGGUCCUCCUCUUCCGUCCACCCUGGACCCCCCCAUCACCCUGGAGUACACUCUGCUGGAGACGGAGGAGAGGACCAAACCCGUCUGUGUAUUUUGGAACCACUCCCUUGCGAUUGGUGGAACAGGUGGCUGGUCUUCUAAAGGCUGUGAGCUCCUCAAUAGGAACAGCACCCACAUCAGCUGCCAGUGUAACCACCUGACCAGCUUUGCUGUGCUGAUGGAUAUCUCCAAGAGAGAGCACGGCGAUGUUCUCCCCCUGAAGAUAGUUACCUACGCCACGGUUUCGGUGUCACUGUUCCUCCUCCUCAUCACCUUCAUCCUUUUGUGCCUCUUGCAUCGACUCCGCUCCAACCUCCACGCCAUCCACAGAAACCUGGUGGCAGGACUCUUCUUCUCUGAACUUGUCUUCCUGUUGGGCAUUAAUCAGACCGACAACAUAUUCGUGUGCACAGUGAUAGCCAUCCUCCUCCACUACUUCUACAUGUGCACCUUUGCCUGGAUGUUCGUGGAGGGGCUGCAUAUCUACCGCAUGCUGACCGAGCUGAGGAACAUCAACCACGGCCACAUGAGGUUUUACUACGCCAUCGGCUGGGGCAUACCUGCGAUUAUCACUGGUCUUGCGGUUGGUCUUGACCCUCAGGGUUAUGGGAAUCCAUAUUUCUGUUGGCUGUCUGUCCAUGACACACUCAUCUGGAGCUUUGCAGGACCCAUCUUUGUGGUUGUACUGGUGAACAUAGUCAUCUUUAUUCUGGCUGCGAAGGCUUCCUGUGGUCGCAGGCAGAAGGCUAUGGAGAAAUCUGGAGCUAUUCCUGCUCUGCGUAUAGCCUUUCUCCUACUACUACUCAUCAGUGCUACUUGGAUGCUGGGCCUAAUGGCGGUCAACAGUGAUGUAAUGACUUUCCACUACCUGUUUGCUGGUUUCAGCUGUCUGCAGGGGGUCUUCAUCUUCUUCUGCCAUGUAAUCUUCAACAAAGAGGUGAGGAAAAACCUCAAGAACGUCUUCACAGGAAAGAAGAGUGUACCAGAUGAGUCCAGCACCACAAGAGCGUCUUUGCUCACUCGCUCUCUCAAUUGUAACAACACGUAUGCAGAAGACGGACCCCUGUACCGCUCAGGCGUUGGCGAGUCCACCGUCUCCCUGGAAAGCACGCUCAGGUCAGCCAAGAGCCGCAGCAGCUACCUGGCUUAUGCACUCAGGGAAGAAUCCGGUCAGAAGCCCAGUGUCUCUUCAGGAACAGCUAAAGGACACACUGAUUUGGAUGGCCCUCUUUUCCACAGAAAUGGCACAAAGGGAGAUGACUCUGACUCAGACAGUGAGCUGUCAGUUGAUGAAAACAGCUCUUCCUACGCCUCCUCCCACUCCUCUGACAGCGAGGACGACGACAUUGACGUCAAGCCAAAGUGGAACAACGAGAGGCAGCCUGCACACAGCACACCUAAAAUGGAUUCAAUGUCCAAUCAUGUGAAACCUUAUUGGCCAACAGAGGCCACCACUGCCAGUGACAGCGAGGAUCCAGGCGGGGCUGAGCGGCUGAGGGUGGAAACCAAGGUGAACGUAGAGCUGCAUCCAGAACACAAGCUCAAUCACACUGGUGAAAAAGACAGGGAUACGCUCCCACAGCGAGACAAAGAGACACCCAGUAAUGCGAAAGACACAGCCCCCCCCAGUCUACCUAACAGCAACAGCAACCACCAGCCAGAACAGAGAAAGGGUAUCCUAAAGAAUAAAAUAAGCUACCCGCCCCCGCUUACCGACAAGAACAUGAAGAACCGUCUGAGGGAGAAGCUGAGCGACUACAACUCCCCCACCAUCACCUCCCCUCCCCCCAACAACAAUAAUGCCUCCUCGCCUCUUUCCUCCGUCAACAUCAUGACCCCUACAUCCCGGACAUCCUCGCUGACGUCUGAUGGAGGUCGCCCUGGAAACCACGACAACAGCUCCCUCAUCAAGCCGCCCAUCGCCCCGCGGCCGCAGAUUCCCGUCGUACCGCCACCUGCCAUUUACCGGGAGACCAAUGGGGGAGUGGCCAUGCACUUGAAGUCAGGGACGGUCAACGGAGGCAACGAGUCUGACUCAGAUGGCAGUAAUGAAACUUCGAUCUGACCUGUUAGGAAAACGCAGACCAGCUUGCCGUUGUGAGAAGAGGAACCUGCCAGAGGACUAGAGACAAGAGGAGAGGACUGAAAUAUAAGAAAACUGAAGAUGGACGGGUGCUGAAGAUUGGGUUAAAACAGAGAACCUUUUUCUCCAAGCCUGAUCUAUCCAUCCAUCCCUCCUCUGUUGCAAGCAGUAUUAAAUGCAGACCUUAAAACUGCAUGAGACAAGAAAAUGAGAAGAAAAGUGAAAAUGUGUGAAAUAAUAAAGGGAAUGCUGUGUUGGACUGCACUAUGAGAGGGUGCAAUGGAGCCAUGUGUGCCAAAACCGCUAAUAGAAAUGGGGACAGAGAGUCAGAAGAUGAAGAAUUUCUCCAGAAUGCAGUGCAAGCCCUAAAAUGGUGCUCCUCAGUGGGGGAUAUGAGGGAUCUGUGAGGGGUCCCCAUCAUUGUCCAAAGCUGGAGAACAUUUACGGACACUUUUUCCUCAUGGAGAAUAUUUAUAACCACUGUCCAUGAACCCAGGCUCAAAUACAUUCUGGUACACUCCGACUUGUAGUCCAUGAUUUCAAGAACUACAAGUCCCUUGAAGCACUGGGGAGUUUAUGUUGGAAAACUUUUCCUGGAUGUUAUAAACGCUGCAUGUGACCAUAACACAACCUCUCCUCACUGACUUUGGGACAUAAACAGCUUGUCAAUAUCUGACAGUGCUUUGUCACACCAAGUGCUCUUUUUCUUUUUUAUUAACUCAGAGAAAGGCUUCUACAGCCUCUCAGUGCAGUGCAUUUAGAGUGUAAUUAACAUGUAGAUAUUGUUAAAGGUGAAGAAGAUAUGAUCUAUUUUGUAUUUCAGCUGUAGUGAGGACAAAACAGAACUGAUUCAGAACUAAAAGCAUUUACCUGUUGUUGUUGGGGCAGUUUUCCAGUAGGGAAAAAUCUCGUUGUGCUGGUUUAAUGGACUGAGAUCAGUUCCACUGACGUGUGCCUUCAUCUUGGAUCUUCAUCUGGAUUGAGGCCUUACACAUUCACUCACACACAAAGUGUAUUAGCCUAAAGCAGACUUUCAGGUGAUAUUUUCUGGGAGCUCUACGCACAUGUAAUGUGUGUCCAAGAUUGUUGUGUUUGAGUGACACAGAAUGUAAGUCCAUGAACACAGUGGGCCGAAAACAACCUUAAUAAUAAGGAACAGAGAGGAAUUCCCCCUCUGUUAAAAACACAGUAUGUCUGAGCACUAUGAAUCUGAAGCCUUUUCCAGUGUCCAACCUGCCUGUUGGUCCAGUACAUCACACUUCUGGUUACCAAAGUUAUGAAAUAUGCUCAUGAGAGUUGGAGUCAGUUUACUUUUAACUGAGUUUUAUAUCAAAAUCAGAUCUUGAUCACUUAAAAAUGCAUGUGUGAGUUUCUAUUGCACUCACAAAUGGCUUAAUCAUCCACAGCGGUUGAAUAUGAACUCCUCUGUAUAAUACGAAGUCUUCCGCCACUGCAAAUAAAACUCAGUUAAAUGUUUAAAUGCUCCCAACUCCAGUGCAUUUUGCAGCUAGUGUAAGCAAACCCUCUCAAUGCCUUUGUACCAUCCAUACUGUUCGAUCCCAGUGUUUUGCCUUCAUGUAAUCAAUGCUGUUGAUAAAUGUCCUUUUUUUUUUACUGAUCCAAGACACUGGAAAUGUUUUGUAACAUAUUGUAUAUUUAUUUUUUAUGGUUUUAAGACACUGGAAAGAAAAAAAUAAUUGUGACUGUAAAAUUAAAAGUGACAUGAUGAAUUUUUAAA